AUGAAUAUUUCGUUCGAGGGAAAGCGGAUUGUAGUGACAGGAGCUGGACAGGGUAUCGGUCGAGAACUUGCCCUGAGAUUGUCUAAAUUCGGUGGAAAAGUGAUUGCCGUAUCGCGCACCCAAAAGCACUUAGACACUCUUGCCCAAGAAGAUCCAAGCAUCGAAAUAAUCCGAGGGGAUGUCGCCGAUUGGAAAACGACGAGGGAUGCGAUGGAAGGUGUGGGGAGAAUAGAUCUGCUCGUUAACAACGCCGCAGUGACAAAGCUGGACGCGUUUCUGGACGUAAGGCCAGAAGACGUUGACACGCUUUUUAAUACGAACUUGAAGUCGGUCGUAAACGUAUCCCAAGUUGCGGUUAAAAGUAUGAUAGCUGGAGGUAAAGGCGGAAGUAUCGUUAACGUAUCCUCUCAAGCGAGCAAAGUCGCGUUGAAGGAUCACGCCGUUUACUGCGCUACCAAGGGAGCCCUGGAUCAGCUAACGAGAGUGAUGGCUUUAGAAUUGGGGCCUCACAACAUCAGAGUAAAUACAAUUAACCCUACCGUCGUAUGGACAAAUAUGGGCCACCAGGCAUGGAACGAUCCAGAAAAGAUUGCGGAAAUGCGAAAGAAAAUUCCACUCGAUCGUUUCGCUGAGAUUGACGAAGUCGUUGACGCGAUAAUCUAUUUACUCAGUGAUCGCAGCUCAAUGAUCAACGGUGUUACGCUGCCGGUUGACGGAGGUUUCCUGGCUACCUGAUCAGGAUGUUUUCUGCACUAACGAUUUGUAGCACUAGAUCAAUACUCAGAUUUCCUGCCUCCGACGAUAUGUACAGUAGAAAACUGAAGCACGAAACACUUGAUAUUC